AUGGCUGACGAACCACGGCGCCGCCUCUCUCCUAUUCAUACGCGAAACCUGAGCACGAUCACGGUCGAGUCUGAUAGUUCAGACAGUUCUCCGUGCCCUGGCGAUGACGAGGACACGGAUUACUUCAUGGCACACGCCAACGAUUCACAGUCUUCCCUCGGUGCCGUUACGGCUAUCAGAGACUGUGACGAGGACAUCGACCUGGAGCAAGUCCACCGCCUCUCUCCGAUAUCCAAGUUACCUCCCGAAAUCCUCAUUGCGAUCCUUGCGAAACUCACCAGCACUUCUGACCUCCGGAACUCGAUGCUGGUGUGUUAUCACUGGGCUCUCUAUACCGUCGGCAUUCUGUGGCACCGACCGCUCUGCAACAAAUGGCCGAACUUACUCAAUGUCGUGGCCGCGCUGGGAAAGGGCGACAAGAGCUAUUUUCCCUACCAUGAGAUGGUCAAGAGACUGAAUUUAUCUGCAAUUUCCGACAAGAUCAAUGACGGGACAGUACAACCCUUCAUGAACUGCAAGGGCAUUGAACGCCUGACGCUUACAAACUGCUCGAAUCUGACGGAUUUUGGCGUGGCAGGAUUGGUGGACGGCUGCAAGAAACUCCAGGCACUGGAUGUCACGGAUUUGGACGCCUUGACCGAUCAAACAUUGCAUGUUGUGGCUCAAAACUGCGCCAAACUGCAGGGCCUCAACAUCACCAACUGCUCCAAUAUCACAGAUGAGUCUCUACUCGAUAUUGCCGAGAAUUGCAGACAGCUCAAGAGACUGAAGCUGAAUGGCGUGGUGAGGGCAACGGACCUCUCCAUCACCGCUGUUGCUAGGAACUGCCGCUCAAUCCUGGAGAUUGACCUGGCGGGCUGCCAUUCCAUCUCCUCAGAAUCGGUCACGGCGCUGCUGUCCAAUCUGUCCCAUCUCCGAGAACUCCGUCUGGCCCAUUGUAUUGACAUCAAUGAUUCGGCAUUCACCAACCUGCCGCCUCGACUAUCUUUUGAGGCUUUGAGAAUUCUCGAUCUCACUGCCUGUGAACAAGUCCGAGACGAUGCUAUUGGGAGGAUUAUCCCCGCUGCGCCGCGGUUAAGGAAUUUGGUGUUGGCGAAAUGCAGACAUAUUACUGACCGCGCCGUUGCGUCCAUUUGCAAGCUGGGGAAGAACUUGCACUACAUUCACCUUGGCCACUGCAUCAACUUGACGGACAACGCGGUGAUCCAGCUGGUGAAGGCCUGCAAUCGAAUUAGAUAUAUCGACUUGGCAUGUUGCUCUCGCCUCACAGAUGCCAGCGUUCGUCACCUGGCACAGCUUCCAAAGCUUCGCAGAAUUGGUUUGGUCAAGUGUCAGAACUUGACGGACGUUAGUAUCAUGGCGCUGGCUCAUGGACCUCUCCUGUUCAGUCCGACCGGCAAACCUGGCGGUCCUUCACAAUUUGUGUCCCUCGAGAGAGUUCACCUCAGUUAUUGUGUAAAUCUGACACUCAAGGGCAUCACGGCAUUGCUUCACAACUGUCCACGGCUGACCCACCUGUCACUGACUGGAGUUCAAGCAUUCCUCCGAGAGGAUCUGACCCGCUUCUGUCGAGAUGCGCCGGCCGAGUUCACACAUCCUCAGCGAGAUGUCUUCUGUGUCUUUUCUGGAGAUGGCGUCCAGCGACUUCGGGACUACCUGAUGCGUCUUGCUGUGGACGAGGCGCAGCGUGAAGGUCGUGAAGCUCUCGACGACAGUCUGCUUGAUGGAGUUGACAGUCCAGGCGCAGAUACCGUCUCUGACGACGGCACAAUUGACGGUAACGACCAUUUGAUGGACCCUGUACUGAAUUCCAACCGUCAUGGCCUGUCUUUCGCCAGUACGCCUCGACCACGACCGAGACCACGAAGUCUACACGAGCUCUCGAGUUUCCACGUCGAAAUGCCACUGCUGCCAUUUGACCAGGUCCAAAAUAUGGGUCCUUGGACACCUGGAGCACCGCUUACGCCGGAAAGUCGAGCAUCUCUCGCACCCCACCUCAACCUCAUCAAUUCAAACAUGUAUCCAGCAGAAACAUAUGAGCGCCGGUCUCGGAGUCCUGGUUACACGAGCGCGUUUGAUGUUGCGGCAGAAUAUGGCGAGCGCGCGAGAAGCACCUCUCGAACACCAUCCAGAAGACAUACCUUGGAAUCAUCUUCGGGUCUAUACGCGCCACCUCUGGUUCCCAUGCAUGGUUACCGAGAGAGCAGUUCCAGGCCGGUGGAGCUAGGCCAUUAUUCCCACGAUCCGCGAGCAGGCUAUUUUGGGCUUGAUGAUCCCCGCAGAUUCCCCGGGUGGGCGAAUUCUCACGUCUUUGCGCCAGAGGCUCCCAGAAGACACUAUCCUGGCUCAUCCUUGAGAAACCCUGGUGAUGUGCGGCAGUCAUUUCUACGACCUGAGCCGGACUACAGCGCCUUCGACGCCAAUCACGAAGCAAUAAUGUCGACCAUUCCAGGCAGCAGAUCUGGAAGCCGCCAUCCCUCAAGGUCCAACAGCCCUCACAUCUCUCGAGUUAACAGCCGGUCAGGGUUGAGUAAUCUUUUGGCCCCACCGAGAAGCUAUGCAUCGACGCCUCUGAGUCAGGAAGAAGGUGGAAGGCGUCAUAGUCGGGAGAGGCGCAGCCGGGAAAGGGCUCGGAUGGCGGAAGAAGCACACCGGGAAGCGAUGCUGCGGGCCCUCGCUGAAGCUGAUGCUGCCCAUCAGUUGAUGCCUGAACUCCGCCGAGGCGACUCGGACAGACAAAUCGACCUCCCUUUGCUACCACCAGAACUGAUAGAACGAGUGUCAAGGACACCAAAUACCGCAGCCGACUCUGCACCAGCGGCGAUUCGCCUUGAAGCAGAGCACACGGAGCCUGCUGUCGACCGAGAUCAGGAUGUCACCAUGACGCAAUGA